GGCUGCCGUCAGCGCGUGCGUGUUAAAGGCAGUGCUCCGAGGCGCGCGUUUUUGUGUUUGUGUGUAGUGUGUGUAGUUUGUGUAGUUUGUGUAGUUUGUGUAGUUGUGUUGGUCAUCAGCACAGAAGCGGCUUAAAUGUAGAAGCGGCGCAGGAUGGCGGAUCUCUCUCUGCUGCAGGACUUGCAGGAGGACACGGACAGAUUGCUGGAUUUCGUGUCUCAGGAUGAGAUGUUGACUCCUCUGGGCCGACUGGACAAGUACAUCAGCAGCGAGAACGUCUUCAACAGGCAGAUGGUGGCCCGCAGUCUUCUGGACACGCUCCGAGCCGUCAGCGAGGAUGAACGCGAGUGUGUGUCUGUGCUGGAGCGGAUCGACAGACUCGCAGACGACUCGGGUACUGAACUGAUUCACUGAUUCACUGUCCUGUCAGAGAGUCGUGUCAUGAAGACUCUGUGUUUGAGAUCUGACUCCUGUGAGCUCUAGACCGAUAAACACACACACACACACACACUC